AUGGUUGAGAAUGCCAUCAAAGAAGUGUACACAGCUCUUCUCCCCAAAAUUAUGACUAUUGCCGACCUAGGAUGCUCUGCAGGACCAAACACAUUGCUCUUCAUUUCUAGUAUUAUAAGCAUCAUUGUUGAACAAUGUAAAUCUGGUGGAGAUGCUUCUGUGGAACUUCAAUUCUUCUUGAAUGACCUUCCCGGCAACGACUUUAACGAACUAUUUCGGUCAAUUGAGAAGUUCAAAAGGCCAAAUACAACGGGUGAAAUGGCACAUCUACCACCUUUGUACUAUAUUAUGGGGUUACCAGAAUCCUAUUACAACAGGCUUUUUCCUCGUGAAAGUGUCCAUCUAUUUCACUCUUCAUACUGUCUUCAUUGGCGCUCCCAGGAACCUGAGGGACUAGAGGCGUGGAGAAAAACUUAUCUAAAUGAAGACAACAUUUACAUUACAAAGACCACAACACCUUUUGUGGUGAAACAAUUCCAAAAGCAGUUCCAUAAGGACUUCUCCCUCUUCCUGAAGUUGCGCCAUGAAGAACUUGUGCAUGGAGGGCAAAUGGUCCUUAUAUUUCUUGGGAGGAAGAAUGAGGAUGUAUACAGUGGUGAUCUCAAUCAACUUUUUGGAUUGGUUGCAAGAUCGUUACAGUCUCUUGUUUUGAAGGGCCUUGUGGACAAGGAAAAGCUACAAUCUUUCAAUCUACCAGUCUACGGGCCGUCAGUUGGAGAAGUGAAAGAACUUGUCAUGCAAAGCCAUUUAUUCAACAUGGAUCUAAUCAAACAAUUUGAGAUGAACUGGGAUCCUUUCGAUGAUUCAGAAAGUGAUGACGUUGAGGAUACUGCCCGCAGUAGCAUGAAUAUUGCUAAGUUCACGAGACCGGCACUAAAGUCUUUAAUUGUUCGCCAUUUCGGAGAAACCAUAAUUGACGCAUGGUUUACUGAGUUCAUGAGCCUUGUUGCUGAGCACCUUGAAAAGGAGAAGACCAAGUUCACCACCAUCGUCAUGUCAUUGAAGAAAGAAUAA